AUGGAGCCCAAGAUAAAGGAACACUCGACUGAUGUUCGAUCUCAAGUAAUUCAACAUUAUCUCAAUGGUGAUUCAUACCCUGAUAUAGUCGACAAGGUGUUAAUUCCACGUCCAACUAUCCAAUCUAUCGUGCAGAAAUAUAAAAAGUCAAAAUGUGUUUUGAAUCUCUGGGCGUGGUCGCAAACGGAAAACGACAGCUGCCGUCGAUCGAAUCAUCCGACGGAAAAUAAAGGUCGACCGUCGAAAAUCUGCAACGGCGGUCAAAAUUGA